AUGGCCUCACCAUCUCUGCCGCCUUCCUCCACCGCCAGUCCAUUUUAUCAUCCGUCGCUGGAGAAUAUAUUUGAAGCACUCGAUGAGCUUCUCAAGCAUGGGCUCGGCAGAAACGACAUUGCAAUUUUGUUGAAGCUCGGGUCUGCUGGCGUAGGCAGGAUACUGGAUUUGCUCGAGCAUAAGGGUCGACCGGCCGUAGACAAUCUCCUAGGCUCGCUGGAAGGUGUGUCGGAAGCAACCUUAGGCAGGUUGAUCAAUCCUCGGGAUGCUGCAACUAAUGAGCAGAGCGAAAGAGGCCGGCAGCCCUCAAUAAAUCGUCCGCGCUCACCUAUCGAUAACAAAAAUAGUUACGCCUUCACCGCCACUCCACCUGCACUCGCCACUUACCAAACUACGCCCUAUCUGCGCCCGCCGCUGCCUGCCCAUAAUUCCCUCCCGCGCAGUAACUCCACUCGCACUCGCUCCGUGUCUUCUAAAGGGUCUUCGUCCACAAACAUCACACAUCCUUCAUCACAUAGUCGAGUGGAAAAGAAGAAGGUCCUUUCGAAACCCCCUUCAAAGCCAGCGCGGAAGCAACUGUACUGCCCGGACUGCAAGAAGGAUAUUAAGAAUGGCUUCGACAAGCACUUCCGUAAGCAUUUGGACGAUCUCGUCGGUCCAUAUGAGGCCGACUUCGAAGUGCACGAAGCCUUUGGGUGCGGGUACUGUCACGCUCAAGGAGUCCUGGUGGAGGGAGGCAAGGUGUUUCAUGGGGUAGCAGAACUCGUCCACCACGUCAAAGACGUUCAUGCCUCCACUCCGCAGAAACUUGACUGGAACAUCAGCCACUCGUUCAAUCACAUCCUCUCAGCCCAGCCACACUUUAGACGAAAGAUUGUGGGCAUGAUCGUCGACUAUAGCCGGAAGAGCGGGAACCACAACACCAUACCCUCCCUGUCAUGGGGACCAGACCACCGGCAACUUCUCAGAAACCUACAAAUUGUAUCCGGAAGACUCGAUAAGAAUCCAUCGUGCUACAAAGACGAAGCGAUUGACACUAUCCUAACGCAAGUCUACGAGGCAGCGUCACAAAACUGGCAGCAACCUUUCGCUUUUUCUUCCCAGCCCACGCCGCAACACGCCGUUCCAAUGGGGCCCUUGCAGCAGAGCAUCCCGCAUCAUCCACGCCAUAAGUCAACACCGGACAUGAGCUUCGCAGGUAUUGGCGGCGGAUUCCCCGACACUCCGACGCCAAAGCACCACUCUUUUACAGGCGACGUCAGAUCGCCAAGUAUCUUGAGUCCUUCGCCGCAAGUCCCGCAAAUCCCACAACACAUAGAGCGCUCCAUUCGACAUCCGCAGUCGGUAAACAUCAUGGAUCAGGAUGCUCCGUCCUACCACGCUGGGUUAAUCCCACACGACCCGCCUCCGACCAUUGCUUUCGAUGGUCUCGCAUCGUACUCCACGCCGCCACCAUCACAAGGGCUGCAGCUCGACUCGAUGCAAGGCCUCUACACGGAUCUGCAGAUCGAUGAGAGAGAUUUGUACAACAGCUGA